AUGGUCAGAUCUAAUUGGUGUGAAGAUAUUCGAGGACAAAUAGUAACCGCAAAAGAAAGCCAAUAUGAAACAUUUGCUAUACCGGUAAUUUGGAUUAUAUUAGAAACUAUUGUCGAUAGAAAUUUAAAUUAUGAGAUAUAUCAAUCAUUUUUAGAACGAAUUCAAAAAAAUGAUGAAGUAGCAAUAAGAAUAUUAAAUUUAUUACCACAUACAAUACCAUUCGAGACACGCUUGGAUAUAUUUCGUCAAUAUCUAUCAAAGAUAAAUAAUACACACACUUUCCCAACAAUUAUUCAUGAUAGCAGUAAUUGCACAGUAGUUAAAGUUAGAAGAGGACAUGUGGUUGAGGAUGGAUUUAAAUAUUUGGGUGGAUUGAGUUCUGCUCGUAUUCAGGGAAAGAUUUUUGUAAAAUUUGUUAAUGAAAUGGGGAUUGCGGAAGAAGGAAUCGACCAAGGCGGACCAUUUAAAGAAUUCAUGACACAAUUAAUUGCAGAAGACAAUUCAUAUGUUUAUCCUAGUAGUAGUAACAGCAAAAAUUCUAAAUUAAAAUCAUUGCUUAUAACCAAAGCAAAUGUUUACAGAUUUUUAGGAUGCAUGCUGGCUAGGUCAAUACAAGAAGGAAUAUUGGUUGAUAUACAAUUUGCUAGAUUUUUUUUAAGUAAAUUAUCUGGUAGAGGUGUAUUUCUUGAAGAUUUGGCAGGCUUGAAUGAUGAAUUGUUGAAGAAUUUAAUGUUUUUGAAAAGAUACGAUGAUUUAAGUUUAUAUUUUUCCGUCGAUGAAGAAAUUGAUGAUAAAAUAAUUUCAAAAGAUCUUAAACAUGUAAAUUAUUGUUAUUCAUGUUAUUCAUGCUAUCAUGCUAUUCUUGUUGAUUUCAAUCGAUUAUUCCUAAAAAUUGUUAUUUCUGGAGAUGACGAUGAUUGGGAUAUCACAGAUUUGAGGAGAUGUACAGAGUAUAAAGAAGGUUAUUUUGAUCAACAUCCUUGUAUAAGAAACUUCUGGUCAAUUUUAGAAGAUUUUAAAUCCAAUGAUAAGAAAGCAUUGUUAAAAUUUGUUACAAGUUGUUCAAAGCCUCCACUUGGUGGUUUCAAAUUCUUAACUCCUAAAUUUACAAUUUGUAAAGUAUCAAUUGUGCUUGAAUCUGACUCACCAUUAUCAACAACAACACCAAAUAGUAAUAAUUUAUCAUCAAAUUUAAGACAAGUUAAAUCUUUAUUUUCUUCAAUUUCCUCCAAUUUAAAAACUUCUGUUACUAAUACAAGUAAAGCCAGAUUACCAACAAGUUCCACAUGGUAA